AUGUCUCUAGCUGACAAAGCUCACCAAUGGGAGAAGAGCUUGCCCCAUGGCACAAUCACCACUUGGGAUGAAUGCAAGAAGGCCUUUCUUGCUAAGUUUUUCUCCACCGGUCGCACAGCCAAGCUUAGAGGAGAGAUAUCCAGCUUCAUCCAGCGAAACAAUGAGACAUUCGCAGAGGCUUGGGAGAGGUUCAAAGGCUACACAAGUCAGUGCCCACACCAUGGAUUCAACAAUGAAUCACUACUCUCCACUCUUUAUAGAGGAUGCUUGCCUAGGUAUAGGGAGAUGCUAGACACAGCUAGCAAUGGGAACUUCCUCAACCAGGAUGUAGAUGAUGGCUGGCAACUUGUGGAGAACAUGGCCAUAUCAACAGAAUGCUAUGGAGAGCACUAUGAAAGUACAGAUGGAGCUCGACCGCGCACUCGAUCGAGCUGGAGCUCAGAUGAGAAAAGACAUGCUUGCACUCAACUCGAAGUUGGACAAACUGAUCCUAGCCCAAUUCCCUGCCAAGCAUGUCAACUAUGUCUCAGAACAAACCUAGUCAAGGACCAGGAAGGGGAGGAGACAACACAAGAGGGCAAGCCAAAGGUUCUGGAAAUGAACAACAAGCUGGUUGAGAUACACUCUAAACUAGAGUCAUUGACUUCAAGAGUCCAAAUCAUUGAGUCUUCAAGUGCAUCAUCCUCUUCACCACAAGAGUAUGCCCAAGCAGUUACACUAAGAAGUGGGCAAUUCCCAAGUAGAGGUAGCCCACCCCAAAUCGCUGUGGACAUCGAUGACGAGGAAGGGGAGGAUUUAGUCGACUAUGCUGAUAACACGACCCGAACUCGAUCGAGCUGGAACAAAACCCUGAACCAGAACUCGAUCGAGCUGAAGAAACUGAGACACUGCAAGACAAACCAGAGCUCGAUCGAGCAGAAGAGAGCAGACAAAGCAAGCUCCAGCCAACCAACUAAACCUGUUGCAAAGAAGAAAGACACUCCAUCAGGACCACCACCAUACAAACCCCCUCUGCCCUUUCCAGGAAGGUUCAAGAAACAACUGUUGGAAGCACACAAGGCCAAGUUUGAUGAACUAAUGAGACAACUUGAGCUGAAGUUGCCCUUCAUCGACGCCUUGAUGCUCAUUCCACCUUAUCAGAAAUUCCUGAAGGAUGCUGUUCAGCAAAGAACCAGGGAAGCACAAGGGAUGGUAGUGUUGACUCGUGAGUGCAGUGCAAUCAUUCAGCGGAAGGUCAUCUCCGACAAAAAGGAAGAUCCGGGGAGUUUCACUUUGCCUGCAUGUUGGGACCCCUAUCUUUCAAAAACAGCCUCUGCGAUCUAG